GACAAACUUUGCAGCAACCUGAGGAUGGCGAGCGACACCGCGUGCGCGCGCUGUUCAGAAUGCGCCCUGCACGCGCUCCCCGUCAACCGGAGUCGAAAAAAUGGUGGCCAGCGCUCGAGUACAGAAGCUGCUCCGACGGUAUAAACUCGCGAUCGCCGCCGCAUUAACCAUCCUCCUGGUCCAGGGGCUUGUGGUAUGGAGUCUGAGAAGUCUGGAGGAAGGCGAGGCAGAGAGAAAAACAAGACGGUCUAAGCUCCCAGACCACAACAGCCAGGAUCCCAAAAGAGACACCACACUUUGGGAGAAACAAAACUCUUUGUCGGGGAAGAACAGGGAGAGAUGGAGCGGCAGGUCGGAGAGGACGGGGGGCACGGCGGCCAGCGCGCUGAGGAGAGGGAACAGCCGCAAAGGGGUGAAGCCCAGCACCAGGCUGAAGUCUCCCCAGGAGCGGGGGAUGGCGGGAGGACUGGAGGGCGUGGUCCUCCACGAUCUGUCCAGCAGCCGUAACUUCAGCGAGACCAGAGGCGGCAGUGACGGGGCGGCCAAGGUGCCAGCUGCUGCUGUACUGGGGGAGCCGGGCAGCGUGGACGGGGCGCACCAAGCCCCCAGCAGUGACUUUGUGCCUAAAUGUGACAUCAUAGGCAAGGACGCGCUGUCUGCCCUUCAUCGCGCUGGGUCACAGCAGUGCCGACAGGAGAUCGCCAACAUCGUGUGUCAGCAUCAGGCGGGGAGGCUCAUGCCGGGCGCACUUCCUCAGUUCUGCCCCCAGCUCGGUAUAUCAAAUCAGGUCCAGGCGGUUGGCGAGCUGGACAACAGCCUGUCUAAAGUGGAGAACCCCGUCAGAGUGGCUUUCGUUCUGAUGGUCCAUGGCCGGGCUGUACGGCAGCUCAACCGCCUCAUCAAAGCCAUAUAUCACCGCGACCACUACUACUACAUCCAUGUGGACCAGCGAUCCAACUACAUGCAUCGGGAGGUCCUGCAGAUAGCCCAGCAGUACCCAAACAUUCGCGCCACGCCAUGGCGGAUGGUCACCAUCUGGGGCGGAGCUAGUCUACUGAAGGCCUACCUACGCAGCAUGCAGGACCUGCUCUCCAUGCUUGACUGGAAGUGGGAUUUUUUCAUCAAUCUCAGCGCUACAGAUUUCCCCACCAGAACCAACGAUGAACUGGUGGCGUUCCUGUCACAGCAAAGAGACAAAAACUUCCUCAAAUCCCACGGUAGAGAAAAUGCCCGGUUCAUCAAGAAGCAGGGCCUCGACCGUCUCUUCCACGAGUGCGACAACCACAUGUGGCGUCUCGGCGAGCGCAGCAUCCCAGAAGGCCUGGAGGUCUCAGGCGGCUCUGAUUGGUUUGCGCUCACCCGCCGCUUCGUGAAAUACGUCAUCAACUCCCAGGAUGACCUGGUGUCGGGGCUGAAGCAGUUCUAUUCCUACGCUCUGCUCCCUGCUGAGUCCUUCUUCCACACGGUGCUGGGGAACAGUCACAUGUGCGACACCCUGGUGGACAACAACCUGCGCGUCACCAACUGGAACCGUAAGCUGGGCUGUAAAUGUCAGUACAAGCACAUUGUGGACUGGUGCGGCUGCUCCCCCAAUGAUUUCAAACCACAGGACCUCAUUCGGAUACAGCAAUUGACCCGUCCAACAUUCUUUGCACGCAAAUUUGAGUCAACGGUGAACCAGGAAGCCAUCGACAUCCUGGACACUCACCUGUAUGGCCAGUACGCUCCAGGAACGGUCGCCAUCAAAGCGUACUGGGAGAGCCUGUUUGAGCAGCUGGAUGGCAUGGGGUCACUCAGCGACGUGGCUCUCACUGCGUACACGGCUUUCUUUCGUCUCGGCCUAAAGAAUCUGGUGACGAGUCAGAGCCCCGUGGAGGCCUGCAGGUUCGAGCCAGUAGGCUAUCCUCUGUCAGUACACGUGUACUUUUAUGACGACCGUUUCCAAGGAUACCUGGUGCGUCAGGAGGUGCAGGCUGCGGGUUCAAAGGUCAGGGAGACGCUGGAGAUGUGGGCAGUGCCCCAAGCUUCGUUUGUCCUCGAGACGAACCUGAAGGAGUUUGAAAGGCUCAAGAAUCUAGAAGUCGGCACAGAGUGGGAUCCUAAAGAAAGAAUCUUUCGGAACUUCGGUGGCGUGAUCGGCCCUUUGAACGAACCACUAGCGGUCCAGAAGUGGGCACGCGGUCCAAACCUCACAGCCACUGUUGUGUGGAUUGACCCAGCUCAGGUGGUGGCAGCAUCUUAUGACAUUGCGGUGGAUGUUGACGCAGAAUACACCCAGUACAAACCCCCGCUCCAGCGCCCCCUGCGGCCCGGGACAUGGACAGUCCGGAUGUUGAAGCAGUGGGAGCGCGUGGCGGAGGUUCACUUCCUCGUCAUGCCCUUCACCUUCAAAGACAAGGAGCCGCUACGGAAAGAAGUGGACAGCUGGCUCCACGGAGGACCUCCAGGCAACCUGUAUCUGGAGCAGAGCUUCCAGCAGCUGAGCUCCGUGCUGAAGCUGCCUCCCCAGGAGCCGGCCAUGCAGGAGGCCCAGCGUAGAGCCCAGCUAGUGGGUCAACCCCUGGAAGCGUGGGUGGACAGCAGCAUAGGGUCCUUCUGGGUUACGGGAGGCCUGUGUGCCACACAGACUUCCUCUUGCCCAGCCGUGGGACUCUGCUCCAAGACCUCUUGGAGCUCUCUGUCCCCGGACCCCAAGUCUGAACUGGGCCCAGUCAAAAGUGAUGGACGGAUCAGGUAGCCCCAAGAGAGGAGAGACUUUAGUCUUCAACACAUGCACAGGAAGAGUGAGGGAGAGCUGGACCUGCACUGGAGAGCUCUAAGAAAAUCUGUGUGAACUGGAUAUUGCCUCAGAGCUCAAGGGCACAUAAAGAACCAGACGUCUUCCUGCACCGAGGAGCCGGGACGUCUCAGUGAAGCGGUGGUACAGAUUUGAAAGAGGAGGAUUUGACUGCUGGAAAUUUGCACAUAGAAAUUGUGUUAUUUUGCUGGCACACAGGCUGUUAGUCAGGGUCGAAGUUUAAAAAAAAACAAAAAAAAACCCUCAGCGCAUGUUUGAACUCUGCGCGCACAGUUUUC